AUGUCAGGAUGGAGAAAUCAACUAAAUAACGUUGGGUCUAAUGCCUUCGACUUUGUUCAGCGUAUUUCAAAUGAAUUGGCAGCUGAAACGCCAUUGGAUCCGUCUUCAGAGCUAGAUGUAAGUGUAAUAUCGUUGUUUUUGAUUGAGAAUUUAGUAUCACAAACAGAAGGCGUUGGAAAAGGAGAAAGAAUUAGUUAGAUACCAAUCGCAGCUAACUGAACGGAACAGAGAGAUCGAGGAACUAAAUGAAAGUGUCAAAGCUGCAUAUGAGGAAGUUGAGUUGACACGACAGUCUUUGUUGAACAGAAUAGCUGCUAAAGAACUGGAGUUGGAGAAAGCAAAAGUGAGCUUUUUUAUUUUUUUAAAAUUUACUAUGAGAAAAAAUACUUUACAUCGUGUUUUAGUAUGAAAUCGAGGCUCUCCGUGACUUCCAAACGAAUACAGAUACUGAUCCAGAUCAAGAACGGAAUGAGAAGGAGUUAAUCCUUGAGUUGGAGUUGAUACGGGCUGAAAAGGCAGCUUUGUCUGAUGAGUUGAGUUUUUUGAGUAAGAAACUUGAAGAUUAUGAGGCCAACGAGAGGGAGAAGGCGGUAAAAGAUAGUAAUGUUGAUGCAAAGUUGAAUAAAACUGUGAAAGAGUUGGAAGAAGCAAGACAGAAGAUAUUGAAACUAGAAAAGGAGGUAAGCUAAUUAUAUUUUGUUAUUCAUGGUCGUUUUUGAAACAUCAAGAAUAUCUAUUUUCUUUGUUUUAGGUAACACUUAUUAAUUUUAGAAAGCCGGUUUAAUCGAUGAGUUUGAAAAAAGGCCAAGGUCGGCUAGUCCUCCAAAGUCAAGAGUACGUUUUAAAAUUUAAAAAUUUUGUGAAAACAUGUUUUAUUUUGACAUUUCUUAAAUUUAGGUAAACAUUGCCGAAUUAGAAGAAAUUGAAAACCAAGUUUCUCUUCUUCAAGAAGAAAGAGACAAGUUUCAACGUCAAUAUGAACAAGAACAAGUAAAAACCAAAGAGCUGGAACAGUUAAUGGGUUCUUUAGUCGAAGAAUGUUCAAAACUAUCCAAGAAUCUUGAUCUAUAUAAUACUAAGGUUGGUCAAGUAGUUGUUGUAGAGCGGCCAGAAGUUCCAGCUGUAGAUUGGGAUGUUGAUACUGAAGAUAUGGACAAUUUGAGGGCAGAGCUUGGUCGGUUAGAAGAAGAGAGACACAGAGUAAGUUUAUUAAUUGCAUUUUUUAAAAAUAUUGUGUUUUGCUUGUAAAUGGCAUAUAAAUAUUGAAUUUUAGACUGUUCAAGAACUUGAGGAGAUAAAAACUAUGGCAGGUGAAAAAGAAGCCCACUACAAUGCUAAAAUACAAGAAGUAAGUGUUUUAGUAUAUCUCUCGUAUAAAUUUAGUUAAACUCUGUACUGUCUCAACAACAAGAGGCCUAUGCAGCUACUGCUAACACAAUAUCGGUAGCACUGAAAGGAAACCAAGUGACUUUUGACGAUAAAAGCAUUUUGAAGUUGAUGGACGACAUGGAAACGAUGAACCUAGAACUGGAAAGUCUUAAAGAACAAUACGAAGUUUCGAUGUUAACAUUGGAGAAGAACAAACGAUUAUACGACGACGUUUCGCAGUUGUGCAAGGUUUUGUCUGGCGAAAGCAAUGUCAUACAGGUAUGCUUUUAAGUUAAGGUCAGGGACGUCGUUUGGGGGGGGUGGUUCGGAGUGACUCCCCCCCCAGAGCCGAUCCGAAAAAAAAAUCCACAGGUAGGUGAGACCUGUACGUGAAAAAACGAAAAAAAAAUUUUUCGAAAAAAUCGGUCCACAGGUAGCUAGCUACCUGUGAAAAAUUUUUUUGGGCCUCCCCCCCCUCCCCCCCCAGAGAAAAAAUCGUAAAACCGUAGCGACGUCCCUGGUUAAGGUAACAUUUAUAAGACCUAAACUCACAAGUUGACAUAGUAAUGAGAAAUGCUUUUGUAGGACAUAUCCGACGAUUCAGUGGUUCAACUUCAGAAUUUAAUUGAAAAAGAAAAGUUUAAGAGUGCCGACUUGGAGACGAGAUUGCAGAAUGCUGAAGGUCUUCUAAAUCAACAAAAACAAGACUUCGAAAACAUAGCAGCUGGUGUAAGUGUAGUUUAUCACAUUUACAGUACUUUAAAGGUGUCUGGAUAAUCUAAAUUUAUAUUUUAGUUGAAACAACAACUUGAACAGUUGAAUUUUGCAUUCUCGGAAAACAGGGAAAAGCUGCGAGAAUCAGAGUCUUUAAUUGAAACAUUGAGAAACGAGAAGGAAGAACAAGAGAAACAUAAGAAUGAUUCUGAAGCGACACAAGCUCAAUCUGAAGAAUCCAACGAACUCCAGAAGAUUAUAGAAAAGGAAAGGUUCAAGAGCGCAGAGUUGGAGAUGAGGCUGAAAAGCACGGAAGGCCUUUUGAAUCAACAAAAAAGAACUUCGAAUCUAUCACGACAGAGGUAUGUUUAAGUCAAAAAUAGUAUAUUUUUUAAAUUUAAUUUUAGGCAUAGUUAAUAUCUAUUUACCUCUUAUAUUUUAGUUGGAACAACAGCUUGAUCAAGUGA